AUGUUUCCUUCCACCUUCGACGUACAGAAAUGCACCCACUUGAUCAUUGUCUGCUGUCAUGCAAUCUACCUGGGAGGACCAACAAAGGGCGUCUCAGUGGAUGAAUGGCUAAUCGAGCCCUUCCAAAAGGGCGAAACGCCCACUUUCACGGCCCACGUCAAGGCAGGUCUUCAAGCUGCGGCGGAAGAUCCGGAAAGUCUGCUUGUGUUUUCCGGAGGCGCAACAAAAAGACCCUUGACGGAUCUCGCCGAGGGAGAUUCAUAUCUUAACCUCGCCAAAGACAACGCCUACUUCACCUACUCCAACAAGAUCAACACCUUACAAAUAACAACCGAAACACACGCCACAGAUUCAUACCAGAAUGUACUCUUCUCGCUGCUCAAGUUCCGAGUACAUACCGGGCACUAUCCGACGCGGGUUACUAUCGUGACGCACGAAUUCAAACGGAAAAGGUUCAUGGAGUAUCAUUUUCCUGCUGUCGGGCUAGCUCCGGUCUCCACUUGUUCUGCUUCCGCUUCCACGUCCAUUCCCACUGGUGCAGAUAGGCAUAGGUCUAGUUCUCAAUGCGAAGGGGACGUGAUUGGGAUAAACCCGCCGGAGGAAGUGACGUCGGAGGCGUCGUUGAUAGCAGGCGAAGAGAAGAGGGGGAUUGGGCUUUGGAAAGAGGAUCGGUAUGGUGUUCAGGCGGAACUGGCAGGGAAGAGAGCGAAGAGGGGGUGGACUAAGGGGAUGGAGAGGAGUGUUUUUGGGGAUCUGGGACUGGAGCCGGUGGUUGAGGAGUUGGCAUGUUGGGAUGGGGGAGAGGGGGGGAAUGAGUGGUUUCCUAAGAUGGACCAGUUACCGUGGUAUACAUAG